CUGCUGGAGGUGCCGGCCAGCAUUUCGGUCAACACCCGUUACCUGAACCUCCAGGAGAACCACAUCCAGGUGAUCCGCACCGACACCUUCAAGCACCUCCGGCACUUGGAGAUCCUCCAGCUGAGCCGCAACCUGGUGCGGAAGGUGGAGGUGGGCGCCUUCAACGGCCUCCCCAACCUCAACACCUUGGAGCUCUUCGACAACCGCUUGACCACCGUCCCCACCCAGGCCUUCGAGUACCUCUCCAAGCUGCGCGAGCUCUGGUUGCGCAACAACCCCAUCGAGAGCAUCCCCUCCUACGCCUUCAACCGCGUCCCCUCCCUCCGGCGCCUGGACCUGGGCGAGCUCAAGCGCCUGGAGUACAUCUCAGAGGCCGCCUUCGAGGGUUUGGUCAACCUCCGCUACUUGAACUUGGGGAUGUGCAACCUGAAGGAGAUUCCCAACUUGACGGCUUUGGUCCGGUUGGAAGAACUGGAACUUUCGGGCAAUCGCUUGGGUCGCGUCCGGCCCGGUUCCUUCCAAGGCUUGGGCAGCUUGAGGAAGCUAUGGUUGAUGCACGCCCGGGUGGCGGCGGUGGAACGCAACGCCUUCGAUGACCUCAAAGCUUUGGAAGAGUUGAAUUUGGCCCAUAACGAGCUGGCCUCGCUGCCCCACGACCUCUUCGCCCCCUUGCACCGCCUGGAGCGGGUUCACCUCCACCACAACCCUUGGCGUUGCGAUUGCGACGUCCUUUGGUUGAGUUGGUGGUUGAGGGAGACGGUGCCCAGUAACACCAGUUGCUGCGCCCGUUGCCACGCGCCGCCGGCCUUGCGGGGGCGCUACCUGGGCGAGCUGGAACCCGGGCACUUUACCUGCUACGCCCCCGUCAUCGUGGAACCCCCCGCCGACCUCAACGUCACCGAAGGGAUGGCGGCCGAACUCAAGUGCCGAACGGGCACCGCCACGACCUGGGCCAACUGG